AUGCCCUCGAAUGAAACCACCCCUACCACUGAAACCACCUCUGACACCCCUAGGGAGUCAAGUUACCCGCCCGCUCACCACACCCGCAGUCGUAGCAUCAUAUCUGCACAGAGCAGCCCAAGCGUUGUGGUAUAUGAUGACACAGUGGACCGGGGGAGUGACACAGAGGGGCAGAACCUGGCGAGACUGCGAACCAACCGGACCCUCCGUGGAUGUUGGCAAUCGGCCGUGACCAUAAUCCAGUCCCGGGUUGAUCCCAUUGGUUCAUUGAAACGUCUAUUUUGGUUGAGUCUCGGCGGGGCAAUUAGCUUUUUGCUCUUGAGGAGCUCCUUUAAGGAUCCAUUGGGAGCUUUGCUUCUCGGUCUUGGCUCUCCGACAAAGUCAACAGUUCCCAAUUACACACUGAUAACUUGUGGUCCAGCCACAGCAUCGAUCAAUCAUACUCAUGGACAUGGACAUGGUCUUUGUCGUUGUUGCAUGGUUGCGGCUUCCUAUGCGGCAGAUCGAAGAGAAUUGACCCAUGACAAUAGUGGUCUCACAGCCACACUGACGCCUUCCUUGGCAAACUACGUGUCGGGAACUGCUAUAUCAUUCAGAGAGUCAACAGGAUGUGUCUUUCUGUCUGAUGAGCCCUUCAUACCGGGUGAAAACUGUUUAGAGGGAAUUAUCCGCCUUGCAGAAGAAAGUGGACAAUCCGAUCACGAUGAGUCUGAUCAAGAAACCCCCAGCAUUGACUCGAGCUCUACAGUGUUGGACAUUGAGCCCACAAAGCCCAAUCAAUACUCUGAGGGAACAAACUCGAGGAGGAGAACCCGUUGUUCCACUGUUGUUGAUCGAUGUGCACCUUACCUGGUCAAGUGGCUGCCCAAUCUGGCAGAAUUGAGAAGUUCAGGAAGGUUGAACGGUUAUAAUGUCACCCUUUUUUUCAUUGCUUCCACUUGUAUAUGGUAUUUACAGAGCAAAGUGUUCAAAAGUCAACAUCCCACAAAUGAAAGCCAACUGCAAGAUCAUCUGAUCUGUGAUGUAGCCUCACACCCUACUGUCCGUGCGGCUGUCUUUGGAAACCCAGAGACUAUGAUCAGGCUUCCGCCCGAGACCAACGAGACAACGGUAAUGGAGUGGCUCGUGGGUAAUGCUGAACUCUUGCCACUACCAGAUGGGAAGGUAUGCGCCCAGUUUUCUGUGUUGCUAGUCACCCCAGGGGUCACUUGUGCAAGUGCAGUGUCACAUGUAUCAGAGUAUGUAUAUGAACCAAGUAUCUCAAAUGAAUCCGCUGGAGAUAGGGACACUCUUGGACCAGGGAGGACUGAAGAGGCGGAGACAAACUGA